AUGGAGGUCAUCCACCAUCCGAAAUCCGCAGAGUCCCAAGACUGCAUGCUCUUCAUUGCGCUCAACGUUGCGCUCGGCUUCUUAGGCCAUCCGUUCGACGGCGCUCGUCCGGCUCCGCACGCAGAUCAAGGCGUCGACCUCGUCAUUGAGGACGCGUACACCAUGCAGCAACUCUGCGCAUGCGAGACCGUGGCACUUGGGUAUCCCAAGUUCUGCGAUCUAUUCACCCCAACGGACUCCGCGUUCAGCUCGCCAGUCGCGCGCGGGUUCGCGAUUGGCGCACACAACUCGUCGACGAACGCCACGCUCACGGACGAUCCACGCACGUUUCCGCUCAGACAGAGCCUGUACGUCGACGCGAUGCCCGAGGUCAUCGCGCUCUACGGUACAGUGCUUACGGCACUGAAACUGACGAGCUCCGCGAAGGACAGGCCGCUCUCGGCGACCCACAUCCCGCACAACCGCGCGUUCCGCACCGUGGACCUCGUGCCCUUCGCCACCAACGUUCAGUUCCAGCUGCUCUCGUGCAACUCGACCCCAGACACACAGAUCCGCGUCAGCGUGAACGAUGGAGUCGUCCCGCUGACAGGCUUCCGCGGAUGCCUGGAGAGCGCGGACGGGGCGUGCCCGCUAUUGGUGUUUGUGGCAGCGAUGCGCGAGAUCAUCGGGGAGACGGACUGGGCAUGGGCUCGUUUGGGCAAUUGA